CUGCAAGGCGGAGUGUGGGGUAGAUUUACUCGUUUCUCCUGCAGGGUGGAUCGUUUUUGACUUGACACACCCAUUUCAAAUAGAUUAACUCUUUGUGCAUGGGCACACGAGUCAAGCACAACUCCAGAGAUCCAACAGCCAGAUAUAAACAACAUAAGCGGAAAAGAAAAUGACUUUCUAUAUGUGGAUUUUACUUUUUGGUGCGCUCGUGAUAACCAAAGCCCAGGAUUUUAAUCUUGGUGAUGCCUUACUAGAUGAUGAACCUACAGCUAAACCAGAUGAGGAUGUGACUACAGCUAAACCAGAAACUAAGAAACCUGUAGUUCCAGCAAAAGAUGGAGGUGACCUUAGUGAUGACGAUCUUGCUUUUGCUAGUGAUGGACACAAGCCUGAUCCUGGUAAAGGAGAUCGGUCUGGAGGCGUAGAUGAUUUCGGUGGAGUCACAGAUGACCGAGAUGACGAAACUAAGGAACUAUACCCGCAGUGGCUGAAGCUCCUGACGUUGCUAGGAGAUAACAUGCCAGAAGGCCUCCUUGCCUGGAUUGCCAACUCUAAACAAGUUGUACUGUCCCUUCUAGAAAGGCUGCUGGAGAUCCUGGACUUAGCCGAUACAGAGAAGCAGACUUGAUCCCAAUGAGUCUGUUUGUCUGGUUACAUUAAAAGCAAGAGGCAUGUUUGAACAGGCUACUGAAGGUGGUUUGGUGGUGUGACUGUUGUUGGUAUUUCAGUUAAAACUAAGCUUUAUGUAUAGUUACUCCAUCUAUGGUUUGGAUAAUGGAUUUAUUAUUUGUUAUUUUUUCUGGAACUCUGACCUAUGAUAAGCUAAUAGCUGAAGUGGUGUGGUUUUUUUUUUUUUCACUUCCUGUUUAUUUCCAAACAAAGUCAGAACGACCAUUCUUCCUUAAUUACACUGAAUCUGCUUACAAUACAGUAAUGGUGGUUGCUAGUUGCUAGUUUUAGAACAAACCAGCUCCUCCUCUGAGGUUUUGUGCUAUGAAGUCAUCCCCCAGGCCUUUAAUGGGACAUUCCUCUCAGCUACUGCUCUUCAAAGCUCAACACCUUAAAGCUCAUGCUUUGCUGUUUUUUUUUUUUACUAUUCUCGAUUAAAAACAUUAGUUGUAGCCAUUUCUGAUACCAUUUUGGAAUAAUUCUUUAUCAUUUUUGGUUUUCAAUAGUAAAAAAAAAAAAAAUAUAUAUAUAUAUAUAUAUAUAUAUAUAUAUAUAUAUAUAUAUAUAUAUAUAUAUAUAUAUAUAUAUAUAGCCUAAUUCAUACAGUUAGCAAACCCAUCUUACAGCAGAAUCCGAAUUGUUUACAUUUUAGGUACUUGACAAAAGUAGCUAGUACGAUUUCCUAGGGUUCAACCAAACAGCAUUGUACAAGAUAAUGCUAGUGUUUCAAACUAGAAUCAUAGCAGAGAUUUUUUUUUCAGUAAAUUAACAACCCAAAAAAAACAAAUUAAUAUGUAGCAGAUCGGUCAUUUUUGCAACCGUUUUUAUUUUAUAGUAUAAAAGGAAAUCAAAUCAUUAGACAAUACAGUACAACAAAACCGCAUCAGCAGCACCCUUUUAGUAACAGUGAAACAAGGAAGAUUCACAACUUGACCAGUUUUACCAGGCAACAGCUUUUUGCAAGCAAUAAUUCACGUUCAUUUUUAUACAACGUAUCUUUAGUAUUCGAUUGACGGAUUGACAGAUUCAUAAAGCUGUAUAUGAUCAAUCACUAUAAAUGAAUAAAUUAGGACAUGAUUUUGGUCACAUGACCCUUCGAAGAACAUUAACUAUGACUCGCAAUUUGGAUAUACUGUGCAUAACAUAGGGUAGGAAACUUGUAUUUCCACUGUGGUACACGUGUAUAGAGUAUGGAAUGGUGAAGACAAAAAAGCAAUUAACUGACGUUCUUUUUUUUUUUUCUGAACUAUGCGUCAUUUCCCCUUCCUUCCAUUCAUUUAUUAUGUCUUGUGCUUCUUUGCAUUUCCUUUGCUUUUAUUUCCUGUUAAGUUCCAAAAAAAAGUCAGUACUAUCCUUCUUUAUUAUUUGCACUGAUUCUGCUUACAAUUCAGUUUGCGAAUCAGCUGCAAAUACUUGGGUUUUUAAAUGAUUGCAGAUAUUUUUUUUGACCAUUUAGUCAUUCCCAAACCCAAGUAUCUUCACUAGCUCACUUUUUUAUUACAUUUAAUCCAUUGGCACUUGAAAAAAAAAAAUGAUUGAAACCUACAACCUUCUUGUUUUUGUUUUAUAUUGUCGUUGUUUUGUCUAAUUAUCAUCUUGUUAGUCUUUCUCUUCCACUCUUUAGUCAAAACUGUUGCUGUCUGGUUUUUGUGUUUGUACUCUUUGUGAGACACGUUAUUAAUCAAGAGGCUUCUCUCAGGUUUAAUGUCUUUAGUCCUUGAAACAAGUUGUCAUAACAAGCUGACCUUCACUGUUACUGCCAUUUCAGUAGCCUGCGAGAUCGUGAGUCACACCACAUUCCACACAUAAGAUGUGUUCAUUAGUCGGAGAACGGCGGAGAUCAGACACGUUGUGUUUCUCCGAAAUGUGAAGAUUUGAGAGGUGCAUUUGGCACUGCAUGUGUUUCUUACUAUCUCUUAUGAAGUGGGAGGUUGCUAGGAAUAAAAAGGGGUUUAAUUUAUUGUUUUUAGCUUUGGAAGUAUUUUUAGAAGGGUUUUUUGUGUACUGAAAAGACAACAUUGUUACAACAUAUUGCUGUUCAUUUUUGGUGUAUUUUCUUCUGUCCUUCUGUCUACCUGCUCUUGACUCUUUGGUUCUUGAAAUAAAAUUCACACGAAAGGUGAAA